UGCGUGACAUGACUGACUAGGGCGACACGGAUUCGACCAUUGGGAAUUCUCCGAAGCUCCAUUAUAGACUAUCGUGUCGAAAACGGCAGAACAUACCAUCGCUACAAGGAAGACAGUGAGUCGCAAACCCAUGCCCUCUGAUGUCCCGCCCUAAACAUCCCUCAGAAUACUUUUCGCCAAAUGACGAGCUGGAAGUCAACCGGCUAGACCUCCAGCACCACCUAUUCCUCCUCACAUUCGACAACAGGCUGGGAUUCGCGCCUCCGAAUAAUCCGGAGUGGAAGGGCGGCCGUGUGCUCGACGUUGGGACGGGUACCGGUAUUUGGUGUAUUGACUUUGGCGACGAGCACCCCAACGCGGAUGUCCUCGGUUUUGAUCUAUCGGCCACGCAACCAGAGUUCGUCCCGCCCAACGUUCAAUCCGAAGUAGACGACCUCGACAACGAGUGGAUCUACGCUCGGCAUUUCGACUACAUCCACAUCCGCGGCAUGUCGGGAAGCGUGCGCAACUGGACCGAACUCCUUAAGAAGUGCUACGACAACCUCAACCCCGGCGGCUACAUUGAGCUCCAAGAAGUAGAAGAGACAAUAGUUCGCGCAGACAGCUCGACAUCCACAAGCGACGCCUUUUCCCGAUCCCUCGCCUACGUCUCCUCGGCCCUCAAAGUCUUUGGGUGCCCCUUCAUCCCUCUCGACGACCUCACGACGCUCGUAAGGGACACGGGCUUCGUAGACAUCCAAGACCGCCGCUUCAUCUGGCCCCUCAAAAGCUGGCCCCGCGAUCCACACCUCAAAGAGCUCGGGUCCUGGACUCGCGAGAACCUCGCCUGCAAUACGGCCGGCAUGAUUAUGGCGCCCAUGACGCGGGUACACGGGUGGAGGGAGGAGGAGUUGCACGUCUUUGCCGCCGAGGUGCGAAGAGAUCUCGCUGAUCGUGGGAAUCACGCGUACUGGCCACUUCGUGCUAUUUGGGCUUGAAAGCCUGAGGCGUCCCAGUGACACAGCCCCCGCAACAUCCAUGCUUCGGUCAUUCCCAGACCGAAUCGACCCCCACGCGCCACAACCAUGAACAAUGCCAGUCACAUGCAAACGCCACGCACACUUCUUUCAACUCAUGUUCUCAUUCAAAGCCAUCAUUACACGACUACAUAGUUGAACAAAUACCAGGCGCCGCAUGAGGGUAUCCAAGCAAACCCCCC